GCGACCGUUCCCCGCGGACAGCCAGGGGCCCCGGCGCCCCGCCCGCUGGGGGCUGUUUUCCUCCUGGAAGGAGGUUCCCGCGCCCUCGGCCGAGAGCAGGGGCGUAUAGUCUGUUGCUCCCGUCGCUCCUUCAGGCCGGGCCACCCCGAGCCCGCGCUGGGAGCGAGGUCGGAGGGAGCGGCCGCGGGCGGACCGGUCACUGAAGGGAGCUCGGCCACCACCCAAACUGGUCUUGCUCUUUGGAGUUUCCAGACGCCCCAGGUCCAGACCCGAACUCGACAGAGCCCUGGAGGCGGUCGUGCCGCCUUGUUUGGGGCGCGGGAUGCGCCUGGCCGCUUUGGUCCGCGCCGGCCUCUUGGCUUCCGCAGCUCGGACGCCGAAUCGUCCGGGCCAGGCGGAGGGGCAGUCAGCUCCCCGUCCCUUUGUCUCUGGUCUGGCCCAGCCCCUCUGCACCGGGAGGUUGUCUGCUGAUCGCUCGCACCUCGUCCAAAUCCGCCCACUCCACCGGCUUCUCUUUCUCGGAAUCACUUUCUGAGACCUGUUGCCGAGUCUCCCGCUCAUGCGUUCGAGAUGUUUGACACAGCUGCUUUUUUAACCGUUCUUACCCCCGCUGGAGCCUCUGCUGGGCCUGACAUUAGGGCUUUUCACAUUUAUAAUACAAGAUAGAAAGCUGUCUGUGCUCGCAGAGUUGAGAGGCGGAGAAAUUACUGGGGAGGACUAAGAGAGGCUUUGAGGGGAGGGGACAGUUCUGUGUUGGACCUUUAAAGGCAAGAAGGCUCUCCAGCAAAGCUGACUGUUAUCCUGACUUAGUAAACAAUGAGAGGACGGGGCCCUGAGACCUGCAGGAGGAGGAGGGUUGGAUUACUGACUGCAGUCGUGAACGAGGCACCUGUGAUUUCUCAUCCUCCGGGCGGCGACUGCCAGGCGCCAUUCGGUGGACACCCGCGACUUGCGGUGUGUUACCUGCCUAGUCCUUUCCCGACAGAGAUGUGGUAUGGUGUGUUCCUGUGGGCACUGGUGUCCUCUCUCUUCUUUCAUGUCCCUGCUGGAUUACUGGCCCUCUUCACCCUCAGACAUCACAAAUAUGGUAGGUUCAUGUCUGUAAGCAUCCUGUUGAUGGGCAUCGUGGGACCAAUUACUGCUGGAAUCUUGACAAGUGCAGCAAUUGCUGGAGUGUACCGAGCCGCAGGAAAGGAAAUGAUACCAUUUGAAGCCCUCACCUUGGGCACCGGCCAGACGUUUUGUGUAGUGGUGGUCUCCUUUUUGCGGAUUUUGGCUACUCUAUAGCAUACACCCUCCAGCUACGAUGUCGAACCUACGCUUUUAUAGACUCCUCCAAAAGAAUACGUUAUGGAAUGUAGUGUUUUCUUAGUUCUCCAAAUGGAAGCAACUCGGAUGAAAAAGUAUGUGAAGAACAACACCUCAACCCUUCCUUUGCUUGAAGCUCCAAGAAUCGAAGUGAAGAUCUUUCUGAACUCCUAUUGUUUUCAACCAAAGCAAAUCAAGUUUCUUGGGCUUUUUCUUUUUUUUUUUUGGUGGAUAGUUAAGCCGUUUUCCAGGUGCACCUUUACCCAAGCCAGGUCCACAGUGAUUCUGGGUUGGCAUCCUUCGCACUGAAACGUACAAUAUCUGUGAGAAAAUGCAAUGUUGCAUAUUUCAUGGAAACUGUGGAAAUUAUUGGUUUAUUUCUGAGCAGAGUAGACAUACUAAAAUCUUAUUUGGUCUAAUCUUGAUUAAAAUUUGGCAGACUCUUCUUCUGAUACACCUUCAUGACAGUCAGUGCCAAGUAGGUUUCGGUUGAGUACAGCUUUGAGAACAAAAACAGGAAAAAAAAUCUAGAACACAAGUAGUGGCUUUCAUUCCACUAUUUAAAGAAAAAGAUACCUACUGAAAGAUGUGACAUUUUAUGGAUAACUCUCUUGACCUCUAGUUAUUUAAUAUAUUUUAAGACGUGAAUUUGUUGUUUUGUAAGUUUUGUCAAAAUAAGCUAGCUAAUUGAGACUUUUUUUUUUAGAAUUCCUAUACCACUCUUUCCUAUCACUUUCAUUCUAUUAAUUUUAUUUAGUUUAAUUGGGAACAUACCUUAUGAAAUAGCUCCAGUUAAAAAUUUUAAGCCAGAUUGGUUAGGAUAUUCUUUUUAACAUUGAGGCACACAAAAAAGAUACUUAAAUAUUCUGUUAGUUUUUUGUAGUGACUUUGGUUUAUUAAUGGCGUUUGAAAAAACUGUGGAAGUGCAGCUUAAAGUAGAGUUUCUGGUCACUGAUUUCUCAGUCUUAACGUGGUUACCGAGUGGCGAGUCUUCAGCCCACUUUGACAGUAUUGGGUGUCACUCCCAGAAAGUGCCUAAAGUUUAAUUUUCACAGCUCUCUCCACUGUGCACUAUACAUUCUCCUUCAAGGGAAUUUGUAUCCUUAAAGAGAAUUAAAUAUUGAGAGUCUUUUAAACCCAAUUUUAGCUAUUUUAAUUUUUCUUCUACUACCUAACUUUCUUUUUCAUUGAAAGGCCUGAAAACUGUGAUCUUCAAAAGAGAUAGGAUUGCAAAAAUUAUCUAACUUGAUCCUUACCACCUAAACUGUUUUGUAUGGAGUACAGUCAGUGUUGUUUUCUGUUUUCAAAAUAGUUUCUGGUAAUUAAGUCUGACAUUUUAAAGGAAAGUUUUCAUUGUGAGAGUCAGGCUAAGAGCCCAUGAGGUCAUGUGCACAUGAAUGUAUCUCUUCCAAUUAGAGCAAUAUGCACUCAGCUUCUGAUUAAAAAAUAGCCAAGAGGACCAAUUUAACCAGAGAUAGUCCAAGAGAAAAAUUACAAAGGGAUCAUAAAAAUUAACUGGAUAUUUUCUUUGAAUAGGCCAUUAGCCCACUUAUCAAAAUUAUAGUGACACAUACUCAAGACCAAGUGGAAAAUUACAAGUAGAGCUGGAACGCAGGCAAAUGUCCUUAGAAAUUCCCCAACAAGAUUACCCUCCAAGUGCUCAAAUCUUCCUUUGAAGCAAAUUUUAAGUCUUUAGUUAAAGACUCCAUUUUUCAGUUCAAGGAGUUGUGAUUUUGAAAAGUAGCCCUUCAGUUUAAGAAAUUUUGGGAUAUUGUAUCCUUUAUUAUAAGAAAUGAUUUUAAAAAUCUCUAUUGAAGGAUGCUUCGUAGCGUUCUCAUCUAAAACAUUCUUUUGGAUAGAAUUUCACAAAUUGAACAUGAACAGGGCCAGAGGUGGGUGAGCCCCUCCCCCUGAAUACUAAUUUUUGAACAUAUUGAUCCAUGAUUUGAAUGUUUGGUUAUUUUUCCUUUAGAGCCAAGACACAAAAAUGAAUGCAUUUUGAAAGAUGUCUUUGUUUCCAUCUGUUUCUUGCUUGCUAUAUUUUGAUUAUCCACUCUUUUUAAAAACUUCAAAUAUAAAAUGUUGUGUACCUUCAAAUUACUGAAUGCUUCAUCCAUCCCACUAUGUGAACAUUCUCUUGUGAAUAAAUGUUAUAUAGACUUUAUACAGAUUGAGCUUUGUAGCUUGAAUGUUUUCAGGGAGAAACUAUUUGAUAAAGUAUGUCUGUUAUCUCUCGUUUUUGUUGUUUUUAAAUUUCUCGUCUCAAAUACACAAUUAUUUGGGGGUGGUUGUUCAGAUGAAAAAAUAUUGGCAUUUAUGUUGAAAAUUUUAUUUUACCAUAUAUAGUUUUUUGAGAAUUUUUGCCAACAACUGGCUUUCUUAGAGACAUAUGCAACCAUCCCUCCCCAGCUCUGCACCCACCCUUUUUUUAUGCAGAGGAGGGAGGCAACCCCCAACCAUAAAAGCUGAUUUCUGGAUUCUUUGAUAGAGGGAUUUGGAAGCCAUUUCAUGAAAACUUAAGUCCAUCUACAGAUGCGUAACGAAGAUCCCAAGAGAAAGAUGUCUCUUUGUGCUAUUAACUCUUAUUUUUGCAUCAAAACAUUACUUCUUAGGAAAUGUCUAAAGUAGUGAGAAAAAGUUCAUGCAAAUAACUACCUUUAAACCCUUGUGUUUUUUAAUUUUUUAAAUUGUGUGUUGGCUUUUGAUUCCACCAUCCUUUCUGACUGCUCUGGUUUGAAUUAAGUUCUUACAACAUCUGCAGUGCAUACCAGUCUUCCCUAAGAACCCAUUUCCUGGAAUGUGAAGCCCUGGUGCCAUUAGCUCUCCAAACGCAGAAAGUUUUGUGUAUGUGCAUUUCUUUUCUGUGCACUCUGUGAGGCUGGUUGUGACUAAAAUCAGCUUAACUUUUUGUAUUAGAUUAUUUCACUAACUGCUACAAAGUGAUCAAAUCUUUGUACAAUAGAAAAUUAUUUAAAUUUUAUUUUUCUACUGACAUUUCUAAUUCUGGUAUAAAUGUUUAUCAAUAAAGAAUUACUUCCAAUUCUGUGAA